GAGAUCCAAAGCAACUAGCCAACCAAAUCCCACAAUCGCCUUUGUCCUCUUCCUCCUUCCCCAAAACCGCCUGACAAUUUCCCAGAAAUGGAAUAUUCCGGCGACGAGUACGACAUCAUCGUAGUCGGAGCUGGCAUCAUGGGGAGCUCCACCGCCUACCAGACAUCUAAACGCAGCCAAAAGACCCUCCUCCUCGAGCAAUUCGACUUCCUCCACCACCGCGGCUCCUCCCACGGCGAGUCCCGCACGAUUCGCGCCACUUACCCGGAGGACUACUACUCCCCGCUGGUCAUGGAGUCUUACAAGCUCUGGCAGCAAGCGGAAUCCGAGAUCGGCUACAAUGUCUACUUCAAAGCCCACCAACUGGAUAUGGCUCCGGCGAACGACAAGGUUCUCCACGCCGUCGUGGAGAGCUGUCGGAAAAAUUUUGUCGCGUUUAGGGUCAUGAACAGGGACCAGCUGGAUCAGGAGUUUUCGGGUCGGGUUAUGAUUCCGGAGGAUUGGGUGGGUGUGGUGACAGAGCACGGUGGGGUUAUUAAACCCACCAAGGCGGUGUCCAUGUUUCAAACGCUCGCUUUGCAGAACGGCGCCGUUUUGAGGGAUAACAUGGAGGUGAAGGGUGUGGAGAGAGAUAGGGUGAGAGGAGGGGUUUGGGUGUGCACAGCAAAUGGGGAGAGGUUUUGGGGGAAGAAGUGUGUGGUGACAGUUGGCGCGUGGACGACAAAGUUAGUUAAAACGGUUGGUGGGGUCGAACUGCCGAUACAGCCGCUGGAAACCACCGUGUGUUACUGGCGGAUUAAGGAGGGGCACGAGGGUGGUUUUGCCAUUGGAGGUGACUUCCCAACGUUUGCUAGCUACGGAAACCCUUACAUUUAUGGGACACCUUCUUUGGAGUAUCCCGGUUUGAUCAAGGUCGCCGUGCAUGGCGGGUACCCGUGUGACCCUGAUAACAGGCCUUGGGGUCCCGGGAACCCGCUGGCUCCGUUGAAGGAGUGGAUAGAGGGGAGGUUCUCCGGCGUAGUUGACUCCGGUGGGCCGGUGGCUACGCAGUUGUGCAUGUACUCAAUGACCCCGGAUGAGGAUUUUGUGAUUGAUUUCUUGGGUGGGGAGUUUGGGAAGGAUGUGGUGGUGGGCGGGGGGUUUUCGGGUCACGGGUUCAAGAUGUCGCCGGUGGUGGGGAGGAUUUUGGCUGACCUUGCGCUUACUGGGGAGGCCCAAGGAGUGGAGCUAAAGCACUUCAGGAUAGCAAGGUUUCAAGAGAAUCCCAAAGGCAAUGCCAAACACUUUCUGUAAAUCUAUGUAACAAUCCUCUGCAUGUGCAUCUGUUACCCUUCAUUUCUUGUCGUGAUCCGUUAUGGUUGCUCAUGCAACAGCUGUUUGUGUUUUUUUGUGUUCAACAGAAAUAUUCCUGUGCUUUGUAAAAAGUAAAAAACUACUUUUUGUUUGACUAGAGCGAAUAUUUAUAUUCCUGUGUUUUAUAAAAAGUUAAAAACUGAUUUUCUUUU